GUUAAACCGAAUGACUUUUUUGGUGACAAAUUUUGUCCAUAUUGUAAAAAUGACAAAAGCAGUGUUCUCAUCUCAUUGUUAACACUUAAUAAAACUUUAAAAUUAAUUAUAUCUCCAUUAUGUUUUUUUUUUUACACUUUUAAAAACCUUAUUCGUCUAUGACCCAUAUAUAUAUUUUCCUGCCAGCUCACACGCUCCUCUCCUGCUGCUUGAUGGUGACAGCAAACAUCUUAUUUUAAUCAUAUUUUUAUUUUCUCAUCUGCAUCUGAUAAAGCUCCACUGGGACAAACAGUGGGAGUCAGAGUUAGGCAGUAGCUUGCAGAAAUGCCUCAGAAUUUCUGAGAAAUGUUUUUGCUCCACUUGUUUGCACUUGUCUCUUGGUAUUGACGUUUUUAUCUAUUACAAGGAAAUUUAGAAUAGUGGUUAAACAAAAUGGUUUUUUACAAUGACAGAUUCUUAAACUUUUACAUUUUAAUUCUCAGUCUUGAAUAUUUUCUUAUGCCCUUUAGCUUAACUUUCUUCAACCCAAAACUUUUGUCUCACCUCACACAGCUCUAUGUGACUGACUAAAUAUGAACCUAUUGUAAGGUCAAAUGUCACAGACCCUUUUAGUGAAACACUUGUCAUUGUGGUGCCAGUGGGUCAGCACCGGUGUCUGUGAAAGUAAGACAUAUAGUGUGAAUUCUAAAAUGAAUUCUGACCUUUGACCUCUCUAUCCGGUAUGUCUAUCUCCGUUCCCCUGAAAUGAUCCGUGAAAUGAUUUUUCUGGAUCUAGCGUGUGAGUGAGAAAAUUCCUGUAAUGAUAAGUGUCUUUGAAGAAAGCUAUUACUCAAGAGAGUAUCAUUUUCCUGAGUGUGUAUGUGGAAUUUGCAUUAGGGAGAAGAAGAGUCUUUAAAUGCAUCCAUUAGUCUGUAUGCGCAUCUAUUUGUUUGUGUAUGUGUGUACUGAGUCAGUCUCAGUGGCGUAAAGACAGUCUGUGCAACACAGGAAGCCAGCAUGUCUUCCAUAUCUGAAGAGUACAAGGACUUAUACAUCUGAAGGACGCCACAUACUCACCUUGAACACACUCCAGCCAUUUUUAGCCAAAAAUGAAGCCCCUAAUGCUGCUGUUUUGGAUUUUUGCUGUGCCUGUACACACUUUUGUACUUCAGCCGAGUGUAAAUUUGACAGUCCUUCAGAAUGUAUCUUCAGAAGUUGACCUUUGGGUAGAGCAGAGACUUGAUCGGUUGAUGGAGGAUCUUAACAUUGAAAUGGAGAAAAGAAGUGAGGAAGAAGCCACAAUCCAAGGGGCGGAUGAAGAAACAGACACGGUUCACAGUAAGAGAAAUAAAGAGCAUGGUAUGAAGAAAACAGAAAGGGAGAAACAAACAAGAGGGCACACAGAAAGUGAUGUAAUAAAGAAGGAAGUCAAAGUGAAAGAGGAUCAGCAAGGACAGAAUCUGUCGGAUGCAACCUUAACCAAACCCAUCCUCACUGCGUGGAAUACCACCUAUUCACAAGAAAUGGAGGGUGAGGAACAUCUACCUCCAACAGUCAAUCAAUAUACCACUCCCCCUACCAUGGCCACCACCUCCCAACCUGUCCUGCACUUGCUUACAGAAUCAGUUACUUUACUUCCAUCAUCCCCAUCCACAUCACAAAGACAAGCAACUGCUGAGACCUCGUCUAUUUUAACCGAUAAUGCACUUUCAUCCGAAACUACAGUUGAAACCACAAAACUUCACAUUGUAAAUUCAACUGCUGAGGCAAUGGGAACCACCUUAUUAGUAAAUGAAAGCAGCGCACAUGAUGACCUCAGAGUGGAACUCCAUGUGACGAACAGCUCUAAAGUCCACCCACUAGAGGAAGUGAGUGUUGACGUCACAGCAAUGGCAGCAAGGGCAGGACCCACUGCAAAGGCCCCUCCGAGUACUUUCAUGGCCAAACCAAAAAACAAAGCAGCAAGUGCCAAACUUAAAGCCAAUAAAACAUUAAAAGCGAAGAAAAAAAAGGAAAUCAAAGGGAAGGUGAAAAAGACAACCAAAGUUUUGAAAAAAGCAAAGAAAGUGAAAAAGUUAAAACGAGAGCGGAAAUUGAAGCCAACAACACCUUCGUAUUUUCCUUAUUUUGAAGAUCACUAUUGUCCCUCUGAAUGUUCCUGCUAUGGGAGGGUUGUGCAGUGUUCUGACAAAGAUUUGGGCAAAAUACCUUAUGGAAUUCCUUACAACUCCCGUUAUGUUCUCUUAAUGAACAACCACAUCGAUAGCAUUCAAUUGAACUUGCUCUCCGAGUACGACUCUAUGGAGUUCCUGGUGUUAAGCAACAACCGUUUAUCAGAUGCGUCGAUCGAGGGUGCCUUUGAAGGGAUCCAGAGCCUUAAGAGACUAUACGUGGAGCGGAACCUUCUCCGAAGCAUUCCCACAGACCUGCCAGUUACUCUCGAGGAACUACGGCUGGACAGGAACCAGAUAAGUGUGAUGUCUGAUGCAGCCUUCGGACGCUGUCCAAACCUUCUGAUUCUCAGCCUGAGCAACAACAGCCUAGGGAACAAAUCUAUCCCUCCGGGAGUUCUUCUUCCUUUGGGCAAACUUCGAACACUUACGCUUUCCUACAACCAGCUUUCCUCUGUUCCGCUGCAGCUGCCCCUCAGUCUUCGAGAACUCUAUCUUAGAGGCAACCGCAUUCAAAGUCUCCAAGGCGACAUGUUCUGGGGUGAGGCGGAGCUAGAGGUUCUGGAUCUAAGUGCAAAUAGAUUGACCGAUAAAGGACUGGGGAAGGCAGCACUACUGAAUGCCAGUAACCUUGAGAGUUUAAAUCUAGAGGGCAAUUCUUUGAAGCAGGUUCCUCACCAUCUACCCCGCACCAUAAAGACCCUCAACUUGGAGGGAAACUUCAUAUCUAGCAUAACUAAGGAUGCUUUUAUCUCAAUGCCUCAGUUGGAGCAUCUAGGACUAGCAAGAAACAAGAUUACCAAGGUGGCCCUUGGUGCCUUUCGGGUUCUUCCACUUCUGCAUCAGCUAGACAUGAGUCACAACUCCUUACAACAGGUACCACGGCAGCUCCCAUUGUGGCUGCACUCUGCAACAUUUGUGAACAACAAGGUCCGUGCAAUUCCACGUGAUGCUUUCUGUUGGGGUCGAGGCAACGAGUCUCCCCUUAGCCGCUUGGUCAAGGUGCACCUGGAAUAUAACAUGAUAGAUCUGGGCCACCUGGACACGUUGGCCUUCCGAUGCCUUCGAGGCUUUCAGGUGGUGCAGUUUUACUAAACGAAACUGUUCGGGAAGCCCUGGAAAUGGUCAUCAUAUGGAAUUUACUGGUUUUAGCUUGUCUGGACUGAAGACCUUUAACAGAGCCAAGCGGCAUCUGGUAUCAUGAUGGAGAAAAUUGGUGAACUUGUUUUUGAUAAAAUUUGCAGUUAGUGAUGAGGAAACAAUAUAGACUCCAAACAGCAGAACCUGAUUUCACCAAGUGCAACAUGUUCCUGGAUCAACAUCUUUGUUGAUCCUGGAACAACAAUCCAAUCAACCAAUCAAAUUUGUGGAACAGUUUACAGUUUAUGUCAAGUGGGCAACAUGCACAAGACGCAUCUCGGUCCCAGCUGCAGGGUUAGGUGCUUCUACAACAGUUGGUCACCUAUCAUUUCCCUCUAAUUUAAGGGAUAACUUAUGGGUAGGGUUAGAAUUAGGGGCAGGGAUAUAGUUGGAAUACAAAUUUCAGACAGAAAUGUUGCUCCAGGAUCAACAAAAUAUGUUUAUCCAGGAAUGCGUCUAAAUCAGCAAACUCAGGAUGUGCCUGCAAGCAUGUCGUAUAGGGCACAAACUGUAUCCAGGCACUGAUCUUUAGACCUUACAAAAUAGGAUUGUGUUGUAUGUUGCUUCCGACACAUUAAGACUGGUAGUGCUCAUGGGGACACAGAUUUGAGUCCAGCCUGGGUCACGAUCGAUUACUGAUGCCCAAUUCCUUAUACCUUCCUGUUGCUGCUUCACUGAUUUUUUUCAAAUAAAAGUAAAAAAAUAACCAAAUUUUAAUGCCUGUGUCUUGGGUUACUUGACUUGAAGACUUCCAUAAGAUGCAUUGAUGUUUGCAACUUUUACAUCACUAAAAUGUGACUAGUUGUUGAACGCCAGAGAGAACAAGGCUGUUUUGCUAGGACGAAUCUUAAGACAGUACUUUUGAGAUGUUAUUAUUUUUAUUCACUGUUUCAUAAGUGUAUUUCAUGAAGUGUAUUACCUAUCAAACUUGGCAGUCUACUUUAUCUCUCUUUCUCAGCCCUGAUUUGCCAAAGUGGUUCUUCAUGACCUUUCAUAGCUCAAGGGCUUGCUGCAAAGAUAAACUGUUGAAAAUUCAUUCUUUUAUAGCU